UGUCACGCGUACGACGUACAAUUUCCUUGUCCUAAAAUACGAAACAACUUGAAAGCGGGUAGCAUUGCUGUUGUAUUACCUUUUGAUGAUUGUUAUUGACCUUGUGGAAGUCGUCAGGACAAGUUGUCCAGUGUAUUUUUGUGUUGUUAGUGCGACGGUACAAAGAAAUAUAGUUCAUAGUUGAACACAAGUGGGACAAGCGGAGGAAAUCCUGAAUUUUGCAAUGGAUUGGAGGACAGGUCUACUGGCGCUAUGUUUGGUGUUUUACGCUGAUGCUUUUUCCAAAUACGGAAGGACGUGUAAAGACAUAGGAUGUCUGAACAGCGAGGUAUGCGUGUUGGCGGAGGAUCCCUGCACAUUCGGCCACACCAGCGACUGCGGCACUUAUCCAACUUGCAAGAAGAAGUCUAAAGUAGAAGGUUCCCAUUCGGAACCUGUUCAGCCUUCGGUUCCAAAACCGGCGCCCCACACACCCACAAGCGACUUCGACUCCCCACCUCAUUAUCCUGCGCCAGCGCCGCCUUCGCCAAAUAUGGGGGGCAAUACACACGGAGGAAGCUCUCCUUAUGGCGGUAAUUCGCCGUAUGGUGGCAACUCACCUUAUGGCGGAAACUCCCACACCGGGGGCGGUUCCCCUUAUGGUGGUAGCUCUCCCUAUGGCGGUAAUUCGCCUUACGGUGGGAAUUCUCCGUAUGGCGGCUCAACAGGCGGACACUCUCCUUACGGAGGCAAUUCCCCAUACGGAGGUAGUUCACCAUACGGAGGAACAGCGAACCGCGGUGGAAACAACCCAUACGGAGGAGGCUCCAAUCCAUCGGGAACAAAGAGUCCAUUAGAUAACAUCUUUAAUACACUAAACAACUUCGCCAACGGCGGAGGCACGGGAACUGGAGCCGGCGGUGCAGGGUUAUCCAACAUCUUCGGGAACAUACUUGGGAAUUUAUCGAAGAACGGAGGUUUGACUGGAUUCCUAAACACUAGGCCUUUAAUGGAAAACCCUAAUUAUGCGUCGCACAGUUCUAAUUCGAGGAGUGCUAACCCCCAAAAUUAUCCAUCAGCCCAGCCCGCGUACCAAGCGCCAAGUCAGAACAGGAAUUAUGGUCAAAGUAAUGCUCGGUACAACGCGGCCACUACGAGACGACCGGCGACCUAUGGCUGGAACUUCGGUGUGGCUUUGUUGACAUUCGUGAUACAUCAGUACUACAGUGUGCUACUCAACUAAUUUAUGUAGAAAAAUAUAUUUUUUUAAAUAUAAUGUGAUAUAUUCAAAUGCCUUGUGAUUAAUUGUUGCCGUCAGUAAAAGUUUAUGUAUAUGUUGUGAAAUUAACAUUAAAGUUUUAUUUUAUUCGA